AUGUUAUGGAUCUCUUGGACGUCGAUUCUGCCGCUACUCACCCUCAUUUGUCUGCUCAUCGCCUGGCUUAUCGAGCGUAAGAGCGCCUUCGUGCAUGUCACCGUCGCCACCUGCUGCAUCCUCAUCUACGUCGCCGCCUACAUCGAUCAGAACGACAUCUCCGUCGACAACAUCUACAUGAAAGCUGCCUCUCACAUCGACUUUGACCACCUGGACCGUCUUUGCGAGGAGAAUGCCACCAUGGUGCUCUUCAGCGUCGCAGCUUUAUGGCUGCUUCGAAGGGCCUCACAGACGCUGUGGAAGCCAGUUCCCGAACUCAUAAACAUCCUCGGCGUCGAUGUUCCCGACGCCCCCGAUGUCGUCCUCUCCGGCAUUGGCCUCGACAAGGCGACUGUGAGCUGGGCGAGACCACACCCUAGCAAGCCGGUGCACAAGUUCCUCAUACAAGUUAACGGCGUAGUCGUGGGCGAGUCUCCAGCCAACCAAGAAACCGCCAUCACCGUGACCGGCCUAAAGCCAAACCACUUCUACAAUGUACGCGUCAUCGCCGUCGGGUCCAACAGCUUUCAAGCCGGCAGCCAGGUCGUCCGCCUACAGACCUUUGAUCCCAGCGGCCGGCCGCGCUUGGGCAACUCCCGCCUGCCCCCGAACUUUGAGCCCGAGGAGCCUCCCUCCACGACGCAGGGCGAAAACGCCGACGAGAAUGGUGCGCCUCGGAGUCCCUUGCCGGCUAUUGAAUCCGCGACAAUCCCAGACGGUGGCCCGGCUUUGGCAAGAGAGCAAAGUACAGCCGGUACCUCCGAAGCCGAAGUCAGGGAGCUUGGAGAACGGUUCAGCAGCAUCAAGGCGGAGAUUGAGGACACCAUUGCGGUCAUCACGAGGGAGGAAGAAGACAGCAAGAAACUGUUGGAUGAGCUGGAACAGGAGAAACAACAGAAAAAGGCGGAGCAGAAAAAGAAGGAGGAACAGACGGAGAAACUGAAGAAGGAGAUGGGCAUGACCGAGCGGGCGAUGCGUUCGACCGUGCAGCGGCGGACGCAACUAGAGAAGGAGCUCAAGUCGAAACAAGCCGAGCGCUCUCGAUACUACGACAACAUCGCGAAGAUGGAGAGGCAGAUCCAAGAGUGGCGCAAGGAGAAGGAAAGUUUCGAAGAGCAGAAGAAAGCAGUCGAGGAGGACGCAAAGUCGAAAAUGGCAGAAGUUCGCCAGUGCAACGAAAAGUUGCAGGCGGAAUGCUCGCAGCUAGAAGCGGACUUGAAGUUCAAGAGGGACCAGGUGAAACUCCUGGAGGACGAUCGGAAGAAGCUGCCAGGUGGCGAGGACGACGAGGAGUGGAGGCAAAACAACCUCGAGAAGAGACGCGAGUGGCAGCGGAGGGAGCGCGAGUGGAACAUGAAACUGUAUCAAGAGACCAAGCGGGCCAAGGAGCUCGACGAGAGUCUCAACUCGAUCCACGCCCAGAUUCAACAGAUUCCGCCAGCCGCCUUCGCCCUCUACAACCAGGCAAAUACCUCGGGCGCCGAGUUCGAUGCUCCCUCGCAGUCCCAAGCGAAGCGCCGGAGCCAUCAUGGGCGUUGA